AUGUCUAGUAGUGUCAUGAUUCCAGACGGCGAAUACGAGAUAGACAUCUCCAGUCUGCUGUUUGCACAGCGGAUUGAGAAUUUUGGGAUACGAUAUGGGUUUAGACCGGACUCCAUUGACCAGAGUAUGCCUCUAGACCUGGUAAAAGACACCCUUGAUGAUCCGAUCAAUUCUUUUAAAGGGGAGGGCAGCUACAUUUUGAGAGCUCACGUGGACUCAAAACACUCGAAAAACAAUGGCAAAUAUGUUUUUUUUGAUGGUGUGUUGGGUUCUGCUCACAAGGGUACGCCUCAUAGUAGCACUCCUAAUUCCCCCGCUAUUGGUGGAUCUACUGCUACACCAUCCACAGAGUUCCUUCUUUUGUAUGACAACAACGCCAAGGAUUUCAAGCUGGAGCCUUCUGGAGGAGUCUUGAAGAUGAACAAAUCGAGGAACCCCGAAAAGCUUUCGAAAAAAUUUAGCAAGUUGAAGACUCAGGCCAAAUCUAGGAUGGGAGUGUCUACGCCAUCGCUGUCAACCCAAUUCGAGUUGAAGACCAGUCCAUCAAGGACAAAGAAGCUCAAGAGCUCGUCAAUGAUGGAAACGAGUGAUGUCAAUGCAAAGACAAAGACGAAUCACCAUAAGACAUCGGCUGGUGAAGCACCGCCAAUGAGUGAAAUUUCGGACAUCGAAGAGACGGGACUUGCAAAGUCCAAAAAGCAGAAAUCGCAACAACAGGCUACAAAGGAAGCGAAUUCAAUGACACCUCUGCUGGGUGCCAGUUUAUCACCCGAGGGUUCAAAUGGACAUGUUAAAGAAGAUAAUGAGUCAUCCGGCAAGGCCGAACCAGAACACCAAGACAGAGCAACAGUCAAGUUAAUUUCACAGGUCAUGGAAGGCAGCUCUCCUUCUUCCCAGGACAAUCAAGACAAAAUACAACCACUGGAGUCUUCGAACGCAUUCUUCGACGAGGAUGAUUGGGACGAGAAUCUGGACGAUUGGGAGGAUGCGUUCUUGCCAGACGGCAACACCGAUUCGGAAUUUGCCAUAGUUGUGGAUGAGACGCCCCUUUUGCAAAACCAAGCCAAUUCAAGAAGUCGCAGAGGCUCAGCUUCAAGUCGGAGAUCAUCCAUGCCAAAGGCGACGAAGCCCACGAGUAUGAAAGCGUUAAAUGAAGCGGCCGAGGUGAAGAUAGCUAGGCGUACGAGAAGGAGGACUUCGGAGAUCAAGCAGCGCGAGGAGGUGAGAGACAUGUUAACCCCCGAACUGAACGGAAAAGCUACCAACUCAGAAGAAGAGGACGAUGACGAGGACUUUAACUUCGAUGACGACUUUGACAAAGCGAUUGAUUCAUUUGAGGAGGAAGAGAAGAAAAAGGGAACUAAUGGAGGUGCCAACGGAAGUGAGGAUGAAAGCGAGGAGGAAUAA